AUGACACUGUUGACAUUAUCAGCAGCGGUACCUGCAUUAGUACCAUCUUGCCUCAAAACAGAUGUUUGGGAUGCAACAGGUUCUCGGACCGUAGUGUGCUUCACAGCACUUUACUUGGUGGCACUGGCUAGCGGAGGAAUCAAGGCUUGUGUCUCGGCUUAUGGAGCAGAUCAAUUUGAUGACAAUGAUACGGCUGAAAAAAAGCUCAAAAGUUCUUUUUUCAAUUGGUAUUAUCAGAUGAUGAAUAUUGGCAGCCUUCUUGCUCAUUCUUUAAUAGUAUGGGUACAAGAUAAUGUGGGUUGGGACUGGGGGUUUGGCAUUCCUACUCUAGCCAUGGCAAUGGGAGUAGUUUCUUUCUUCUCCGGUACCUGGUUUUACAGGAACCAAAAACCGGGGGGAAGCCCUUUGACCCGUUUCUUCCAAGUGGCUGUCGCUUCCUUGAGAAAGAAAAGAAUCAAUGUGCCAGCAGAUGCAUCGCUAUUGUAUGAGAUUGAUGAUGUUAAUUCAUGUAUCAAAGGAAGCCGGAAACUUAAUCACACAAUGAACUUCAGCUUCUUUGAUAAGGCAACUGUGGAGACGCCAUCAGAUCGUGCAAUGGGAUCGGUAAACCCAUGGAGACUCUGCACAGUUACCCAAGUCGAAGAACUGAAAACCGUCUUACGUUUGCUACCAAUCUGGAUCACCGGUAUCAUAUUCAGCAGCGUACGUGGUCAAAUGGACAAUCUGUUCGUCUUGCAAGGCUCUUUCAUGGACACUCAAGUAGGCAACUCUAGCUUCAACAUCCCACCAGCAUCACUAGGUACUUUUGGCACCCUUAGUGUCAUAUUCUGGGUUCCAGUUUACGACCAAAUCAUCGUCCCACUUGCCCGAAAACUCACCGGUCACCCGAACGGAAUAACCCAACUCCAGCGGAUCGGAGCAGGACAUUUCAUUUCAAUAUUUUCUAUGUUAUCUGCCGGAAUCUUGGAAGUCAUUAGGCUCAAUAUCGUCAAAAGACACAACUACUACGAAAUCAAGCCCGUGCCAAUCUCGAUAUUUUGGCAAAUCCCGCAGUUCUUUAUCAUCGGGUGUGCAGAAGUUUUCACGCUCGUGGGUCAGAUGGAGUUCUUUUACGAGCAAGUGCCUGACUCGAUGAGAAGCUUGGGGUCGGCCUUGCGGCUAACGACUAUCGCACUUGGGAACUAUACGAGCUCAUUACUGGUAAGUAUAGUUAUAAAGUGGACGACUGAGGAUGGGGGGCCUGGGUGGAUACCGGACAAUCUGAACUAUGGGCAACUACAGAACUUCUUCUGGCUUUUGGGUGUUUUGAGUGUCGUAAAUCUUGCGGUUUUUGUGGUGGCUGCGAGGUGGCAUACCAGUAAAAGAUUAGUUGGUGUGAUCAUGUGA